GUCCUUUGCUUUCUUGCAGUUGCAAAGGGAGGGGGGAGACCAGCGCCCCCCCCCCCCCCAGCCCACGACCUCGGGGGGAUCCUGAAGCAGCAGCAGGCGGUGCAGAAUGUACCAGGGACACAUGCAGGGGAAAGGCUCUAGGGCGGCAGAUAAGGCUGUUGCCAUGGUGAUGAAGGAGAUACCGAGGGAGGAGUCUGCCGAGGAAAAACCCCUCCUUACUAUGAAAUCACAGCUGGUGAAUGAGCAGCAAGAAAGCAGACCCCUCCUGAGCCCUUCCAUCGAUGACUUUCUCUGCGAAACCAAGUCAGAAGCGAUUGCAAGACCCGUGACAUCGAACACAGCAGGAGCUCUGUGCCAGCUUAAGGGCAGGGAACAGAGGGAAGCAGUUUUCCCACACUUCAUCAGAAACCGUGUUUUGUCCACAGGGCUGGAUCUCUUGGACUUGAGCGAGCCUGUCUCAAAAAACCAAAGCAAAGCAAAGAAGGAGAAUUCAUCCAGAGGGGAAGUUUUAAAGACUUUGACCCACCGAAAGAAGGCAGACAAUCUGGACCUUAUCAGCGUGGAUGCUGAGCAGAAAAACCAGUCCGCCAGAGCUCCUGAAAACAACUCAUUGGAUUUAGUCAAUAUUCAGGCACAGCUGGAGAAAUGGGAUGAAGUGAAGUUUCAUGGAGACAGGGCCAGCAAAGGUUAUCCAGCACCUGAGAGAAAACCUUCAUCUUCUAGAGCUCCAUCGAAAGAAUUUAUCUGGUCCGCAGAGAACAGAUCCCAACCAGAAGCGGCUGGCGUCAAGGCUACGGUGGAACCUGAUACAGCCUCGGAUUUAGAAUUAGCACCUGCACCAAAGGCACGAUCUACCAAAGAGCAACGCUGGGGAGGCACCCUCCUCUCACGAAAUCAUUCCAUGGAAGAGGAAUUUGAACGAGCCAAAGCAGCAGUCGAGUCAGACACAGAGUUUUGGGAUAAGAUGCAAGCAGAGUGGGAAGAAAUGGCCCGCAGGAACUGGAUUUCGGAUGGCCAAGAAGCUCCAGGCCAGGUAGCUGUCUCCAUCAACGAGAAGGGCUAUUAUUUUCAUACUGAAAACCCCUUCAAAGACUGGCCCGCUCCUUUUGAAGAAGGCCUGAAGAAACUGAAAGAGGGGGACCUGCCUCUCACCAUCUUGUAUUUGGAAGCUGCUAUUCUGCAAGACCCUCAUGAUGCUGAGGCCUGGCAGUAUCUUGGUAUAACCCAAGCUGAGAACGAAAAUGAACAAGGAGCAAUUGUUGCCCUCCAGAGGUGUUUGGAGCUCCAGCCGAACAACCUGAAAGCCUUGAUGGCCUUGGCAGUGAGCUUCACCAACACCAGCCACCAGCAGGAAGCCUACGAAGCACUACGGAGCUGGAUCAAGCAGAACCCCAAGUACAAGUACUUAGCCCGGAGCAAAAGAGGGUCGCCGGCGCUGACCAGGAGGAUGUCCAAGGCAGCAGAGGAGAGUUCGUUGCUGGAAGAAGUGAAGGAACUUUACCUGGAAGCAGCUCACCAGAACGGCGAGAUGAUAGACGCUGACUUACAGACAGGCCUCGGGGUGCUCUUCCAUCUGAGCGGGGAGUUCAACAGAGCCAUAGAUGCUUUCAGCGCUGCCCUCACGGUUCGGCCAGAGGAUUAUUCCUUGUGGAACCGUCUCGGGGCCACCCUAGCGAACGGGGAUCGGAGUGAGGAAGCCGUGGAGGCCUACACGAGAGCUUUGGAAAUUCAGCCUGGCUUCAUCAGGUCCAGGUACAACUUAGGAAUCAGCUGCAUCAACCUGGGAGCCUACAGAGAGGCCGUCAGCAAUUUUCUCACAGCCCUCAAUUUGCAACGAAAGAGCCGGAAUCAGCAGCAGGUUCCGCACCCUGCAAUUUCAGGUAAUAUCUGGGCAGCUUUGCGAAUUGCUUUGUCUAUGAUGGACCAGCCGGAACUUUUUCAAGCUGCUAACGUGGGCGACCUGGAUAUCCUAUUAAGAGCUUUCAAUAUUGAUCCCUAACAGACAGACACACACGUAUGCAAACCAAGCCAUCCAAAAAUGAAAAACGGUUUAGUGACAUACAAAAAUAUAUCUUUCGAUUCCCAGUUUUGAACAAAAGACACACACACCGAUGUUUUCCAGCCAAAAGGGUUUCUGUGGGAUUUCACCAGGUCUCCAAACAGGAAGUUUUUUAAAAAGCACAAAAGCUUGUAAAUUCCACCUUGCUCAAGCUUUCGUGGUGGAUUCAAGUGAACAACAGCUAUUGUGGCGUUGAUGGGAUUCAACUGAAACAACGUUACUGAAAGAAACUGCAUUCCUGUGAUGCAUACCUGUAUAAAGAGAGUUUGUUUCUCUUUAAAAGUCAUGCUAUGCCUAUAGAAGUCCACCCAAGGGCGUGUUUGGGUAAUACUUCCUAAGGAUCCAUACCAGUCCACUAGAAAUGCAGUCUUGGAAGUCUACCAUCUGCUGGGGGGGGAGGGGGAGAUGCCUCAUCAGCUUCUCUCUUCCAGAUCCUUUCCCUACGGACACAACCAUCGAUGCAUGUUCGCUGCCUUGCCUCCCCUUCCUGUCAAUGUAUUUUACUGGUUAACCCGCCAGGGCUUAAAAGUAACUUCGCCGAA